UCUCAAUUCACUUGUUACCCACCCCUACCCCGCACCGCUCCUUGGAGAUGGAGGACCUCGCCGGAGCCAUCAGGGACCUGGCCGCCCUCUCCACGCGGCUACUCCUUCAACUCAGCGGCGACGGCGAGAAACGCAACCUGGCCAUCUCCCCGCUGUCUAUCCACUCCGUGGUCGUUCUUCUCGCCGCCGGUGCCACGGGCGACACCCUCGACCAGAUCGUCUCCUUCCUGGGCCUCUCCGGCGGUGCAGCGCAUGCGGCCCUCGCCUCCGAGGUGGCCACCCUUGUAUUCGGCAGGGACGCCGGCGUGGAGCCCCAGAUCCAGUGCGCCGUAGGUGUUUGGGUGGAAUCCUCGCUCCGUCUGAGGUCCGCCUUCGCAGACAAGGUCACCUCCGAGUUCAAGGCCGGGGUGCGAGCCAUGCCAUUCCGAGAGAAUGUGGAAGAGGCGAGGGUUGAGAUCAACCGCUGGUUUGAGGACAAGACAGGCGGCUUCAUCAAGGACCUCAUGCCAGAAGGCCACCUCGACGCCAUCUCGACGGUCCUCGUCAUCGGCAACGCGCUCUAUAUGAGGGGCACAUGGCUAGAUCCGUUCAUUCCUUACAACACACUGGACGACGACUUCUUCUUGCCCGACGCCGACGGGAGCCGUGUGCGCGUGCCGUUCAUGACGAGCACAAACGAUCAGCGCAUCAGCUGCCAUCCCGGCUUCAAAGUCCUGCUGCUGCCCUACGAGAGCAAAGGCAACCACGAGUUCAGCAUGCACAUCUACCUCCCCGACGAGCGCAACGGCCUGCAGGCCCUGGUGCGCGAGAUCAGCUCCUCCGGCACCGCCGAGUUCCUGGACCGCUGCGUCCCAACACGACACGUCGCGGUGAGGAACCUGAGAAUCCCAAAGUUCCAGGUGUCAUCCAAGAUAGAUGCGCGAGAUGUGCUGAAAGGCCUUGGUCUGGAGCUACCGUUCCACUUUACAUACGACUGGUCGGAGAUGAUCGAAUUCUCAGAGCCAGCGCCGCCUGUAGCGGUGCAGAACGUACUCCACGAGUGCGUCGUGGAGGUGAACGAGGAUGGAACAAUGGCCGCUGCGGCCACUGAAGCUGAUUUAAUGAUGGGGUUCUCCAUCACGGGGGAGGAGGAACCGGCGGCUCAUGUUGACUUCGUGGCAGAUCACCCGUUCCUGUUCCUAAUCAGGGAGGACAAGAGUGGCAUUGUUCUUUUUGCCGGGCAAGUGGUCAAUCCCCUGCUUUAGCUAGUCCACCAGUACUGUUCUUCUGCUAGAAAUCAAUUACUCCCUCCUUACCGGUUUAGACUAGCCACCGUGGAUAGUAACAUACACAAGUGGAUAGCAGGGUUUUCAACUAAAAAAUCUCAUGAGUGGUGGAAUAAUUUUGAUAGUUUGCAAAAGGACUUAAUAAAUGCACUCGAUUUUUCUCAAAUAA